UGCGGUUUACUGUAGUUAUUACUAUAAACUUUGUCUUUUACUUUGUUGACCGGGCGACGGAAACUUUGAAACCGUUAACCUUUGGCUUUUGACGCUUUCUGAUGCAAUCAGCUAUCAUACUGGUUCUGCCUAGCGUUACAAUAGAUAAUGACUGUGUGCCACGAUAUUUAAUACUUACACAGGAUAAUUUAUGCCAUUUACUGAUGUCACCUGUACAUUGUUGAUUGUAAAUCAGCUGAUUUGAUAUUGUAUUCCAGCUACUUUUACAGACAACGUGUUCCUGAUUUCUUAUCCUAUUCGUAUCAGAUUGUUCCUGUAGUUAUCAUUUCUGUCACGUCUUCUGAAAUGACGAAUCUGACCCACAGCAUGUGUCACCGAGUCAAUGAUGUCAUGAGGCUGUGUUGUGAGUUAUCUGCCAAUCAGCAAGUCCAGACCACAGUGAGGGGCUCCGGGAAGGGGGCCGCAGCAGCUGGGGGUCUGGCCUUCGCAGGAGGGUUGAUCGGGGGACCUCUUGGCAUCGCAGUCGGCGGGGCUGUCGGAGGCCUCCUGGGCUGCUGGAUGACCAGCGGACAGUUCAAGCCGCUGCCUCAGAUCAUCAUGGAGCUCAGUCCUCAGCAGCAGCAGAAGCUUUAUGACGAUCUCCUGGCGGUCAUGGGAGACAUCCAGUGGACAGAUUUGGUUCAGCUAACUGCUCUGGUGAUGGGCAACGCCACCCUGAAGCAGCAGCUUACGGCGACCCUUCUGGGGUAUAUCUCCAAAGAGCUGCAGGCGCAGGUGCACUACGUGGAUUAGUGUUUGCCGACCCCGAUUCAGGGGUUCAGAAGACUGUUUUGUCAUGCUGGAGAGACUCUUUAUCAAAUGGGAAAUCAAAUAUUGUAAAUUUGCACAGACGCCAUGACAGUCCUGGUUACAGGUUACACUGAGUAAUAAGAUUAUUGUGAAAUGGAUGGAUAACUGGAUUUGUUAAUGGAAUUGAAAAUACACUCAUCAGUUGACUUAUAACUUAUUUAUCCAUUCAUGGCACUUAUGAUAAUAUUUAAAUACAAAAGAUCAUGAAUGGAAUGAGCACCAACUGUACAGUUUGAAAUAUUUUUAAUUUGAUGGUAAAUUACGUUAUUGUCAAUGAUUUGACCAGCAUCUCCGCUCUUUAUAUUGUAUUUAAAGGAAUCCAAAAUAAAAAGGUGGUGUGUUUCACUGGUUCACACACAUUGUUCAUUGGAGUUAAAUUCAAAAGUUCUUUAUCUUACUUCGCAGUUCACUUUCUUUGCUGCUGCUGUUAUUGGUGUAAAGUUCUCAUAUUCCCAAACCAAUUUGUUAAAAUGGAAAAAGGAUCCUUAGGUUUUCUGGAUGGUCCAAUCAUCUUAACGUAAUCAUUCAGCUUCUCAGGCUGCUUGUUCAUUUGUAUGCACUUUUGACAGCUCAACUUUAGGUAACCAUGAAACAGGCCCCUUUAUAAUCUUUAUUCAACUUAGGUUAUUAUAGUCUGGUUUAUCCAAAUGUGUUUGACGAUUAGAGCGUCUAGCUUGUGUGCGCAUUAAACCGAAGGAUCCAAGAACCAUACAAUAA